GUUACUUUCAGUUUAGUUUUUUAACACGUUAACGUAUUUUUUUCUGGCGUUUAUUUAUUUUCCAACUAUUUAUUACAACUAUAUGGCAGCUCUAUUUUUUGACAACCAAAUUUAUUUUGCGCUUAUAAACGGUCUGCCAGAUACGUUUACUACAAAGGUCAUCUUGUCAUUUGUAACUGUAUUUGCACUUAUAUUAGUAUUCAAAAGACGAAGAAAACAUCAUCAUGAUCAUCAUCAAAAUAGUCAAAUUUUGUUGAAAGAGUAUGAUAGAUGUGCUUUCCCCAAUUGUAUUCGUUGUAAACGACGAUCGGAAAUAAUGACAAGAGCAAGAACAUUAUUUAGACAAAAUGUUAACGGAGUAAAACUGCUGACACUGGACGAACACGAAGAAAUGAGUUGUCAAUUGCAAGAAUAUAAUACUAAUAAAAAAAGAGAUAGAUCUAUAUCAAAAGGUGCCGUGCAGGAUCCAGAAAUAUUUUACUUGCCACAUAUUGGCACUCAAACAUUUUGGAAUGUUUCAGAAUGCCUUAAUACUAAUAUUUUGACAGAAAAUGUAUUUCAAGGAAUCAAAAGUGAAUAUGAAAGUGUUAAAAUACAUAUUUCGAAGACCAAUGGCAGUUCUGAAGUCAAUCGUGGCAGUUGGAAAGUAAACAAUACACCAAAUGGAAAAUGGUGUUUCUUCCAUCUAAUUGACCAGGGUUGUGUGACAAAAAAUGCACCCAGGUGUCCAAAAACAAUGAAUUUUUUGUUUUCUGUCAGAGGUUUCAUGAAUAACACAGUUUUUGGAAAUGCAGGGUUUUCUGUGAUAUAUCCAGGAACACAUAUUACAGAACAUUUUGGCCCAACAAAUAUUCGACUUCGCUGUCAUUUAGGCCUGCAGAUUUCAGAAGAUUGCUACCUCACUGUUGGUAAUGAUCAGUGCACUUGGAAUGAUAGGGAAUGUUUAAUUUUUGAUGAUUCUUUUCUACAUUCAGCAACAAAUUAUGGAAAGAAAGAGAGAGUUAUUUUGUUGUUUGAUAUAUGGCAUCCUGAUAUUCCAUAUUCAAAGAGGUUAUUAUUACAAGAUAUAUUUUCUGCUGUCCCUCUUGACGGCUAAUCCAUUAUUUUGACAAAUAAACCAUACCUCCAGAUAUAAAUCUAUGCAAUACAUACUACUCAAUAUGACUAGAGAGAGAUAUGAAUUUCCAAAUAUAUUUAGCUGAAGAUUUUGAUUGGCUCCACUGAAGACUUUAUUCACUGUGUGUAUUCUCUGGAAAGUACAGUUACAGACCAUGACAAAAAUUAAUCCUUUUGAGGAAUGUGCAGAUUUUCACUGGUUGGUUUUUUUUUGAAGAUUUUUGUGUUUAGGCCGUGGUGUGAAAUGUCUAGCUAGUCUGCUUCUGUUUUUCCGUACCAGCAAAUUUCGGGAGGAAAAAAAAGUACAUCAUCUAAUUCUUCUGGUAUGACUUUGUACUGCCAAACAACUUUUCUGUUAUCCAAUCUUUGACGUUUGGCAGAAAACGUAAAAUAAAUACGGGCUUACUUAUCAACGUGCGAUGGUAUUUGAAUUUCGCGGUGAUUUGGUUUUAACAGAUCACAUGACAUAGCUCGCCAAUCAGACACACACGACGAAAAGUUCAAAAGGUCGUUUGGCUAAAGGUCACCUGCACUUUGUUUACGUUUUGUUACAAACAGUACAUGGCGGAAGGAUAGCUAAAACUGCAUACCUAUUUUGUUAAAAACACUGAGCUAAAACCUUUCACUGCGACAAGCUGGGAAGAAUUAAAGGUAUGUGCUAACCAGUGGAUCAAAUUAGAUGGAAAUGGCAGGCUUGUGCAGGAGACAAAUGCUGAUUUGCUUGACAAAGAAAUCCAGGAAUGUGCAGUCAAAACUCUCACUGGGGUAUAUUAUUAUUAUACUUAUAGGCUACUAAAUACAGACUUCUCACAUUCCACGUUACCAACGUAAACAAAACUGUGUAUGAAACAUUAUCACGAUUCCAAAAUUGUUGAAGAAAGUGAUGUUUAGAAAAAAAAAAAAAAAAUGGUUAAUUUGUAAAGGGCAAUGGGAUCAUAUCUUAACAUUUUCUCAUUUUCUUGCAAAUGCAAACUGCUGAACUUGAAGAUAUCUAAAUGCAUGACAACCCAGAGGGACUACUCGGCCCAAGACCACUCAGACCAAUAGUCCACUCAGUCAAAGACAGAAGACCACUAUGGUAAAAACUGUGUCACCAUGGGGUGAAAUCCAAUGUGCAGUACUCAUAUACCCAAGUUGUUAUGGAGAAAAAUAGAACCGAAAUACAAGUGCACAGUGCACUUUCUUUUUUUUGAAAAAAAUAUGUAUGAAUUAUUUCUGCACCAGACUGAGCUUGCAUGAGUCUCCUGGCUGAAAAUGUCGCUGCGGCCCUUGCAUCCGCAGUCAAAAAGGGAGCAUAUUCUGUCGCAUUCCUCCCUGGUUGCCUUACUAUAGCUACGGAAAUUUAAACCUGUCUUUUUAAAGUCUAUUGAACAAAUGACAGGGUAAGAGUGAAUAGAGAUCAAGCACCAAACAAAAUUUUCAAUGUGAAUGUAAAUCAAGCUGCAUUACAGAUAGAUAUACUUGUUACAAGUGAAAACUUUCUUGUAUGGAUUUGUGUAUAUUGUUAGAAUAUAUUAAGUGACAGCCAAACAUAUGCUGACAGUGACAUUGAUUUUAAUAGUGAUGAUGAUAUUGAUGAAAUUAUGUGAUUUUUAUGAGUAGGCCUACACCUGUAUACAUGUAUUUUUGUAAGCAGUUUUUAAAUAUUACAUAUUUUAAACAUGUUUUACUUAAAUGUACUGUACAUGUCAAUAAUUUUCGUAUUAUAUUUUGUCACUUUAUGCUUACUAUAUGUUUUUAUUUUACUUUUUUAUUCUAAUUCAUGGUGCAGGCGGAGGGACUGACAAGGCACAAGGACAGCAGUCUAGUCGAGGUCCCGUGUAUACAUUGGUGUGCAUGUAAAAAGAUCCCCUGGCAGUUGGAAUUUGAUAUAAGCGUAGGCCAUAGUGCUGUGCCCGGGCAAAAUUUCCGUCAUAGCACACUGUAUGGCAUAUGCUCAUCUUCAUUAGCCCAGUACAUGUAUAGGAGCAGAACAGUAGUACAUUAAACCCCAUUUCACGUCUAAUUCAUUUUACUAGAACCAUUUUACUUAGGUACAUGUAACUGUUUGUUUUUCUCUUAUAUGUACUUUUAUUUACUGGUUGGUAUAUAUCUUUUAAUUUUGUACAGUGUAUAUGGGCAAAAGACCUGAUCUGUGUGUAAAUACAUGUAUUCUGUGAAUAUAAGAACCUGAACAGCACAUAAGAAAAUGUUCUCCAGUAUUAAUACAUUUAUAAAUGAUGACAUUAUUAUUAUUAUAUACAUUUUUCAUUAAUACUAGUGGUGUAUGGUAUUGUUGUGUACAGGAAAUUUAUAUAAUUGCAUUUGUUUAUUUUUUUUUUUAAAUAAAUGUACAUAUACUCACUUAUAGGGGGGUCGGGUACCCGAAUGGGUAGCAUGUGUGCACUGUAUCAUAAGGUCUGUCAUUGAGUGCACUGGGGUGGAUUAGAUUCCAUGGUUGUACAUGACAAGGGGAAGGGUUGCCUGUCCAACCUCAUGGGUUUUCUCCGGGUCCUCCGGUUUCCUCCCACAGCUAAAGACUACUACACGCAAGUCAAUUAUUGGAAUAAAAUUGAACCAUGUGUUAGUCCCGAAAUUAACUAGUUUGUGUCGAGUGGAAAAUUAACCCCAUUUCUCUCUUUAUAUAAUCUUAUAAUAAGUCUAUUGUUUUCUUUUUUAAAAAAAAUUGUAUAAUUGAUGAAGGUGAAUUAUUAAUUGUAUCGAUCAGAUCACAUGGUAUUAUUAUUUUUGUUUUUUUCUUAACAUUAUAUAUAAUUAUAAGACCGAACCAAUAUUUCAAUCAUGCCAAAAUCGUUUUCAUCUGUAUUUAGUAUAUAUAUCUCUCUUGGAUAUUGUUUCACUGAAAUAGUUUUGAAAAAAUACUUGUUUCCAGAAAAUAACAAA